AUGUCGACGUACGAUCAAGUUGAAAUUGAAGACAUGACGUUUGACCCUGACACUCAAAUAUUCACUUACCCAUGUCCCUGUGGCGACAGGUUUCAGAUAUACAUCGACGACCUCUAUGACGGUGAAGAAAUAGCCGUGUGUCCAAGCUGCUCACUAAUGAUCCAGGUUAUAUUCGAACAGGAAGAUCUGCGGGAGUUUUACGACGAGGCUGGCACGCAGCCGCCCGUUCCUGUUACCGUCUCGGCAUAG